ACAGGCGCAAGCUCCGACCCAAGGCUUUCCAGACCAGCCACCGAACCCGAACCGCUCAGCGCUUUCUCACCACGCACCGUCACCGUCUACCUCCGCACCAAGACACCGUCCUAUCCCUGAAAGGCACAGAGCCCCCCGUGCCCGUUCAGCACGCCAUCUUCACUUGUCUAAACCCGACAACCGCGUCCGGCGCGACGACAAUUAGCUAAAAUGGCUCGAAACUCGGAAAAAGCACAGUCGAUGCUGUUCCGGUUCCGCGAGGCGCAGGCCGCGGACCUGGGCAUCAUCGACGCGGGGCGGGCGCGGCGGCCGCGCAACAUCGCGGAGCAGGACUCGGUGCCGGCGUGCGAGAAGUGGCGCGGCCACGUGCUCAAGGAGAUCUCGCGCAAGGUGUCGCGCAUCCAGGAGUCGGCCCUGUCCGACUUCCAGGUGCGCGACCUCAACGACGAGAUCAACAAGCUCAUGCGCGAGAAGCACGCCUGGGAGGCGCACAUCCGGAACCUGGGCGGGCCAAACUACGCGCGCGCAGCCGGCGGUUCCGGCAAGGUUUAUGACGAGGCGACCGGCCGCGAGAUCGUCGGCGCCGGCAGGGGGUACCGCUACUUUGGCCGCGCCAAGGAGCUGCCGGGGGUCAAGGAGCUGUUCGAGGCCGCGGCGGCCAAGUCGGCCGGCGGCGGCGGGAAAAAGAAGGACGCGGGGGACAAGCCGCUCGAGGAGCGCGACGACCUGCGGAGGCAGGGCGUCGACGCCAUAUACUUUGGCUACGGCCCCGACGAGGAGGACGACGAGCUGCGCGAGUACGAGCGCGCCAAGGAGAAGGACGCGUUCGAGAACCUGGCGGCCGGCGCCGGCGGAAAGAAGGGCGGCGCCCAGGACGCCCCGCCCGGCUGGGAGCCGCUCCCCGGCGACGCGGGCGACGGCAACGCCUGGGAGCUGCCGACGGUCGAGGAGGUGCAGAAGGAGCUGAUAGACAGGAGGAAACAGAGGCUACUGGACCAGCUCAGAUGACAAUGGUGCCGGCCUACUGUCUUCUUGUCGGCCACCUUGUUGUCGUCUUUUUCUUGUAGCAUUCUAGGCUAAUGAUGGCGUUUGGCGUUCUGGUGCUUUCCUGUUAUAUCCUCAAUUACUAUCAGAGUUUGUUAAAUGGACGGGCGGGGAAAAAUAAACCGAGUAUGCUGCACAAAAACAAUGUCCAUCGUGAUUCCCAACUCCCAAUCUCGUGGCGAUUCCCCGCCCAUAUUGCACACAAUGAAGAACAUAUAAAUAAAAGCAAAGAAAAAAAAAGGC